AUGUCUACUGCUAGGAGAGCUAAGUAUAUAUCAAAGUUACUAGGUAGGAAAAGAGCAAUCAUUGAAAGAGAAAUCACAGAUACAACCGUUAACAUGGCAGAAGUAGCUCCAUUAAUGAAGGAGCUGGAAACAGACACAACUUUAGCAAGAAAUGAUGUCUUGCAUUCGAUAAAUAAGCUUCUGGAGAAUUUAUGCCUCGAGCCGAACAACUCCACAAAGAAUAAUCUAGAGUUGGAACUGAACAAGGACUUUCAUAAAGUUUAUCUAGAAAUGGCCUUUGAUUCUGCUUUACCCCCACAAAUGGCAGCACUGGAUGCGUCGCAGCCAUGGCUUUUAUAUUGGAUUGCCAACUCUCUCAAAGUUCUAGAUGAAAGCUGGCUAUCAGAAACAAACAAGCAUUUGAUUGUUGAGAAGUUAUUUCACAUAUCACCAGAUCAUGGUCCAUUUGGUGGUGGCGUGGGACAACUACCUCAUUUAGCUGGUACAUAUGCUGCUAUUAAUGCAUUAUCGCUCUGCGACAAUAUUGAUCAAUGCUGGGAGAGUAUAAACCGCGGGGCCAUUUACAAAUGGCUUUUAUCUCUAAAACAACCUGAUGGAGGAUUUAAAACAUGUCUAGACGUGGGAGAAGUUGACACCCGUGGUGUAUAUUGUGCACUAUCAAUCGCCUCAAUGCUAGACAUACUGACAGAUGAGCUUACAGAAGGUGUAGUAGAGUAUCUGAUUGCUUGUCAGAAUUAUGAAGGUGGGUUUGGCAGUGGACCAUUCUGUGAUGAAGCCCAUGGUGGGUACACAUUUUGUGCAGUAGGUAGUCUUGCGAUUCUCAAUGCAUUAGACAAGAUGAACACAGAGAAGCUAAUGGAAUGGUGUAGUGCUCGUCAGUACAACGAGGAGCUAGGUCUAUGUGGUAGAAGUAAUAAACUAGUUGAUGGCUGUUACAGCUUUUGGGUGGGUGCCACAGCUGCCAUAUUAGAAUCAUACAACUAUGGUGAAUGUAUAAACAAGGAUGCUUUGAGGAACUACAUACUGGCCUGUUGUCAAACUGAAACACACCCAGGUUUAAGAGAUAAGCCAGGAAAACAUUCCGAUUUCUACCAUACUAACUACGUGCUCUUGGGUUUAGCUGUCUCAGAAUGCGCAUUUUUCUCAACAAACAGUAACGGUAUUGAGAUGAUAGACUCACAGAUAAACAAUAACAACGUCAAUUCUAAUUUAAGCAAAAUAAACCCAGUAUAUGGCUUACCGGAAGAUAAUUUCAAGAACUUUAUCACAUAUUUCAAAGCUAAGACAAUAUAA